CCCGCCCAGGGCCGGGCUGGUCUCCGCGGUCUGGGUUUAGUUCCAGCCCCUCGCUGUUAGGUCGUCGCUCUGGGCCCUCGGGCUCGGUUCCCCCAGGGUGGUUCCUCCCUGUUGUCGGGCUCACCCGGUUGCGACCUUUGGGAGGCCCAGUGCAAUUUUCAGUGUCCUAGCAACGGGGGACAGGGCCGCCGUCGGAGGAAGUGGGCGCCGGCCUCGUCGCUGCGGCGCUGGCCGGAACCCCCGGCCGGCCCAGUCGACAGCUGAAACCCGGAGCUCGGAAGGAAGGCGGACAUGGCGGACGAGGCGUUGUUUUUGCUUCUCCAUAACGAGAUGGUGUCGGGAGUGUACAAGUCUGCGGAGCAGGGGGAGGUGGAAAAUGGGCGAUGUAUUACUAAGCUGGAAAACAUGGGGUUUCGAGUGGGACAAGGAUUGAUAGAAAGGUUUACAAAAGAUACUGCAAGGUUCAAGGAUGAGUUAGACAUCAUGAAGUUCAUUUGUAAAGAUUUUUGGACUACAGUAUUCAAGAAACAAAUCGACAAUCUAAGGACAAAUCAUCAGGGCAUCUAUGUACUUCAGGACAACAAAUUUCGUCUGCUUACUCAGAUGUCUGCGGGAAAACAGUAUUUAGAGCAUGCAUCUAAGUAUCUAGCAUUUACAUGUGGCUUAAUCAGAGGUGGUUUAUCAAACUUGGGAAUAAAAAGUAUUGUAACUGCUGAAGUGUCUUCAAUGCCUGCUUGUAAAUUUCAGGUGAUGAUACAGAAGCUAUAAACGUACUGAAAUGCAAGACUUCCACAGUGUAAAGACAUAAAUUAUUCAUGUGUAAAGCAUUUCAAGUAGUAACGAUUUAAUUACACUGUUGGAUGUUUGUACAGGAGUGAGGGUAUAUGUUAUCAAUUUAAUGCAGACCAACUUAAAGCAGAUAAAGGGUCAUUCUACCACGGGAUAAACUUUAAUGAAACUGUUCAAAAUGGAAGCUUGAUUUCAAAUAACUGGACACCAAAAUGUAUCUUAAAUAUGUUUUACUUACUUGGAGUGAUAGCCACAGCUGUAAUGUAGGGUCUGUUUUGGUGGCACAGAGAAAAACAGGCACCAGCCAGAAUCGUUGGUGUUUAGAGUGACUGACGCUGGGUAGAUAAAAUGUGAGUCUGUUUCAGUUACUUUUAAAAAGCAAAUAAUACACUAAAUUAAGUUUAACUUUUUAUUUUGUUGCUUAUAAUUUAUUUUUAUGACUGUGUAAGGACUUCAUGUAUACAUUGUGUGUAUGUGUGUGCAUGUAAAUAUAAAAAUACAAACAUGACCUUAAA